CCAAUCAUAAAAGAUAAUGAUGAUAAUGAUGUAUCUACUUUCACGCUUUUUACAGUUUUUACAGAGAAUAAAUGUCAAAGUAUGUCUUAUAAAUUAUUACGAUAUUUUUGUCGGCUUCAUUUGACAGUCAACCAGGCUUUGCUUGUCUCGUCUACAUCUUCGAAUUUUUGUACGAGCGGCAAAGCUUUUUUCUUGUUUGCAAGUCAACGAAGAAUGGUUGGUUGCCAAAGGUCUGAAUAUCGCGUCUUUUUUGAUUUCCUGUCGUAUAUGUAUUGGUUCGUAAGCAUUUCCACUAAUUCUGGCUUUUAUUAUAGUCCCGAGCCCAAAAAGUCGCCCGUUUAUACCAGGACCGGAGAUAAAGGCACAUCAAGUCUUUAUACCGGUGAACGGAGACCAAAAUAUGAUGAUAUUUUUCAUUCAUUAGGAACUGUGGAUGAAUUAAAUUCUAGUAUCGG